AUAAAUCUUGAGCAGCUUCAGAACCCCAAACCCGCUUCCAGCCCUCUCCUCGACCUCAAUUUCAUUCAUUUUUCUUUCCGCCCAGCUGCGGCCAUUCUAAUAUUUCAAGAUGUUACGAUUCUUGCGCCCAGCAUCCCGGUUUGUGUCCGCCGCCGCUGCACGACCAGUCGCUCGAAGCGCCUUUCAACUCUUUCCCCGAGUUCCGGCGAUUAUACAAAGUCAAGGUUAUGCGACCGAGGGCGGGGUGAAGGACUACACAGUUAGAGAUGCGCUCAAUGAGGCACUCGCCGAGGAAUUGGAGUUAAACCCCAAGGUGUUCGUCUUGGGAGAGGAGGUCGCUCAGUACAAUGGCGCAUACAAAGUUACCAAGGGAUUAUUGGAUCGAUUUGGAGACAAGAGAGUGAUUGACAGUCCCAUCACCGAAUCUGGAUUCUGUGGUCUUACCGUCGGAGCUGCAUUGGCUGGAUUACACCCUGUCGUAAGUUAUCAGAAUGAUGCCAAUGGUGUGUGCUAACCGCUAUCUGGACAGUGCGAGUUCAUGACCUUCAACUUUGCCAUGCAGGCCAUUGAUCAGAUUGUCAACUCGGCAGCAAAGACCCACUACAUGUCCGGUGGUAUCCAACCAUGUAACAUCACUUUCCGAGGACCCAACGGUUUCGCUGCCGGUGUUGCUGCACAACAUUCUCAGGAUUACUCGGCUUGGUACGGAAGCAUUCCAGGUCUCAAGGUUGUCACUCCAUGGAGUGCAGAGGACGCAAAGGGAUUAUUAAAGGCUGCCAUCCGGGAUCCUAACCCAGUCUGCGUUCUCGAGAACGAAUUGCUCUAUGGACAAGUCUUCCCAAUGAGCGAAGCAGCACAAAAGGAUGAUUUCGUCAUUCCAUUCGGAAAGGCCAAGAUUGAGCGUGCUGGAAAGGAUCUUACAAUCGUUACUCUCUCCCGAUGUGUCGGCCAAUCGCUCGUCGCAGCCGAGAACAUCAAGAAGAAGUACGGUGUCGAGGUAGAGGUAAUCAACUUGCGAUCAAUCAAACCACUCGACGUCGAGUCAAUCGUCAAAUCAGUGAAGAAGACCCAUAGACUCUUGUGUGUCGAAUCCGGCUUCCCAGCAUUCGGUGUUGGAGCCGAGAUUCUCGCUCUCGGUAUGGAAUACGCAUUCGAUUACCUAGAUGCGCCAGCGCAAAGAAUCACCGGUGCCGAGGUACCCACGCCAUAUGCUCAGAAAUUGGAGGAUAUGUCGUUCCCCAACGAGUCGCUGAUUGAGAACUAUAUUGCGAAGAUGUUAAGAUUGUAGAUUCGACCGAGGGGAAAAUAUCAAAGGUUCUAAACGUUCGGGC